AUGAAAAAGUUGACGGACAGCAGGCGGCGUCCCAGUGGCUCCUCGAUGUGGAAAAAGGAUUCCGGAUCGGAUGACGAGGAGAAUACCAUCUGUAGCUGUGCGGCGAUAAAGAGAAGUGUGGUUUACUACCUGAAGAACAGCACUCUCCAUGGCCUGAAGUACAUCGCCGAGGAGAGCAUCACCAUUCCGGAACGGGUCUUCUUCGGCAUCGCCUUUGUGCUGGUGGUUAUCCUUUCCGGGUUUUUCAUCUCCAACGUGUACGUGAAGUGGAGCGCUUCGCCCAUAAUUAUUUCGACCAGUGCCAAACAGAAGUUGACCAGCAACAUGCCCUUUCCGGCGAUUACGAUCUGUAAUCUCAACCAGGCGCUGCUCAGUCAGGUGGAUAGUAUUCCCCGUAGCAGCACCAAUUUCUCCCUGCUGAUGGGUCUGUGCGACCAGGGCGGGGAUACGACCAUCUCCUACAUCGGCACCUGGAAGUACUUCAAGGCGAUCCUGGUGGAGGUGGCCCAGCCGUGCGAGAAGAUGCUGCUGUACUGCAGCUUUGGUUCGCGGGCGGAGGAGUGCUCCCUGCUCUUCACCUCGAUCCUGACGGACGAUGGCCUGUGCUGCAACUUCAAUGCCCUCGAUCCAUCGUAUCUCAUCCGGAAUUACAGCGACGAUGUGAGAUGGGAGCCGGCUCAGCCCAAUUCCCGCUAUGAGCCCAUCGACUGGACCCCGGAGAAGGGCUAUGCCCGCAAGUUGCCCGAGUUCUACUAUCCGCGCACCUCGGGGGGCACCGGAAUACGGAUGGGUCUGACCGUCGUGCUGAACGCCUCCAUAGCGGAGUACUACUGCACCAAGUCCAUGAGUGUGGGGUUCAAGGUUCUUGUCCACAAUCCUGCCGAACUGCCCAAGGUGAGCAACUAUGGCUUCGUGGUGACAGCUGGACGAGAGGCCCGGAUCCCCAUCGAACCGGUCUACGAAGAUGCCCUGCCCACGAUACGAUCCAUCAAGAAAUCGGUGCGUCGCUGCCUCUUCUCCGACGAGAAUGAUUUGGCCUACUACCGGACAUAUUCGCGCAAGAACUGCGAGUUGGAGUGCGAGGCCAAGUUGCUGCUCCGGGAAUGCAGCUGCGUCCUCUACUACCUGCCCCGGAUCGAUCCCUUGGCCAGGGUCUGUGGACCCAACGACAACCAGUGCACGGAUCGGGUCCAAACGGAGAUCGAGUCCUCGAUGACGAACCUAUCCUGCGAAAGCUGCUGGCCGGGCUGUUUUGAACUCACCUACAAGGCAACGCUCUCGACGGCCUCGAUUGUCUCGGAUCCCCGAUUCCAGGCCGGCAUGAACCUACCCGAUUAUAUUUUCCACGGACCAUAUAGCAACGCCAGCGAGAUUUCCAUCCUGCAUUUCUACUACAUGUCCAAUAUAUUCCGCAGCACCACCAAGUCGGAAAUGUUUGGCUUUACCGAAUUCCUGUCUAAUACUGGCGGCCUUUUGGGGCUCUUCAUGGGCUUCAGCAUUUUCUCCGUGAUCGAGGUUUUCUUCUACAUCACUGUCCGUCCGUACUGCGCCUCCCGGACUCUCCGGCAGCGCCACAAGCGGCGUCUGGAGCAGCUGCGCUGGCUGACUCCAGUCCGGAUGCCUGGCCGCAGAAUUCUACGCCGGAAUCGAGGCCUUCUCAGCCGGAAUUCCAAUCCCCCACCGCCCGCCUACAGUGAUCUGCAGAAGAGCCGCGGGAAACCGGGAAAACCGGAGGCGAACAAGAGGAGUCUCUGGCAGACGUUGCACGUUCGCCCAGUGGACCGGGUGGAUGUAGAACCACCCAUCUAUCCGUACCUGAAUUGA